AUGAAGAGACGCCACCUACAUUAUCUCCGACUCACGCGGUUCCAUUUGCUCUGGAGCAGGCAUCUCCCCUGCUGGCACUGCCUGCCCGGCAGCGCCACGAUCCCGUGUCCAGGUUUUACCAAGAACGACACGGCCAUGCCCAACCCAACUAAUAAUUUACCAUCGAUCGGAGCCCUAACACCCUGGUUUAUAUACCCAUUGAUCCUCCUACGUAUACUCUCACUAGCGCUUGUGACGUCACUAUCUUGCACGGACUAG